AGGUGAUGGAUGUGAUCAGUUUAGUGUCACUCGAUAAGCGCCACCUUGCCUUGCUCUGCUCUUCGUUCGUACUGUCGCUACCACCACCACUCCAUCUUCCAGCAGAUCCUCCCCCAAUCCCUCCUCCCACAGCUCAAGAGCUACAAAUCUGUCUUUCACGCUUUCCACCAAUACUGCACGCUGUGCAAGCCGCCUGGCUGCGGACUUGUGUCAGCAAAGACCACAUUACUCAGGCUCAGGUCCGGACGUGUCCGGGUCGCCACCCAGACCUGCUCGGCCUACCGGCCCGUCGACUUGGCUUUUGUGUACAAUGCGACGUCAGAACAAAGCACGGGAGAGGUCUCGUAUGCUCUCGACCCUGCCCGUCCUCCUCGCCACCCUCUUCCUGCUCUUCGCAGCACUGUCCACCGCUACGGUAGCCGCUGCAACAACCACAUCCAACGGCCUGCUGAACUACUCUCCCGAAGAUCUCGCCCGCGUCUGGGCAGAAGAAGAGCAGCAGCUCCUGGAGCGUCGCAUGCCCGAGGAAGAGCUCCAGGCGAGAGCUCCACCCGAUGCGCUGCUUCUGACGAGACAGUGGAGUAGUGGUGCUGAAGAGGCUAUGCAGGCGGGAUGUACGACUCCAGCGAAGGGGUGGGCGGUGCGCUUUGAAGUCGGGGCGCCAAGUCAGGAGGUCGAGGCGAUCCUCUCCACAACUGUCGCUACCCUCCUCACCCCAGGCUUCAAGACCGACCACGCUCCCUACCGUCCCUGGCACUCCCACAACUCUCAUCCUCUGACAGCUGCCGUGGCUGCACUGGGCGCACAUCGUGCUGUACAGCUUGGCCUUGAUCUAGGUAUCGACUUGACUGAUAGCAGAAAAGGGUCUGCGAGGGCUAGAAGGAGGGCGGGGGAUAAGGAGGACGCGACGGGAGUGGACUUGUAUCAGGAUAGAUUGACAUUGGGAGGAUUUGAGGCCGACGACGUUCUCAUAGCGGUUCCGAGAUCGAUGAAUCCUUGCAACACGGCAGGUGGUCCCAACGGCAUCCUCGGGCUAGGUGUCCCCAUCCCGCAUCACUCAAGACACUCUUCGGCUGGCGCAGACGGCGGCAAUGCUCCCCUCUCUGCUCUCUCAGAAGCCAACGAUGGCUUCGUCUUCACCCCAGUCCUACACCCCACGCACGGCCAUCUAAUCCUCGGUCGUCCACCCCGAGGACUCACAAACACCUUUUGGUCACCCUCUGCCUCGCCCGCACACUGGUCACUGAACGGAUCUCUCAACAAUGUCGCUCAUUUCUCCUCCCUGGUCUUUGACCUGAAUGAAGAAGAAGGGCUCGUAGGACCUGCAGCGGAAGUGAGGAAGCUCUUCGACUCUUUGGGCUUGCAGGCUACUAGAGACUCCAGUAGCGGGUUGCUCGUGGCCGAGCUGCCAGACUGCCAGCACGGCCCGCGCAUUGAGCUAUACCUGGGUACCAAUGGCGUCGUCCUGGAAGGGUGGCUCAGUGUCUUCCGCCAGAAGAACAGAGGCGGGGGCUGUCACCUCCUCGUCAAGGGAGAAGAGGAGGACCAGCAGCGUCGCCAUGGCAAGCCUGCCUGGAGGAUUGGGUGGAGGUUCAACACGCGCUUCACGGUGAGCUACAAGUAUCCGAAAGGAGCUCAGGACGGAGACGAAAUGCCAUUGAUUGGUAUCUCGCUCCCUCCCGGCGUCAAAGGUCGACACCGUAGCAUGUAAGGAUCUGCCGUUUCCCAGUCACAUGAGGGCUCAGAGCGCACACUCGUCUCUCAUCAAAGCCGCUUCUUUCCGGUCUAUCCCCCUUGUCCCUGAGCUUCCAUCGACCCAGACCGUCCGUCCUCGUGGUGCUGAUGGUCCUGCAAGACCCUAAUCACUACAAUUUCACAGUGACCGAAGUGAUUGGCGGAACCAGCCAGGAUCGUUUGUGUGUGUGUGACUACUGUUGUUUGGCUAUCCGUUGGCUCUUCCUUCUUGUGUCGGACUUUGCAGAGGACGCAGCACUCUCUGGUUUUGCCAUCUUGGCCUUGCUCUGACGCCCUAGCGUAGAGCUCGUCUUCGGUGCUGCGGGCUUUGCUCCCUCGGCCUCCGCCUCUUCAUCUACUUUCCUCCUCUUUGCAGCCACUUUGACGUGUCCAUCA